GACUUGAUAAAGGGUCUGAUUUGACGGCAUAAUACGGUAAGCAAAAUUGGCUACUUCUGUACUUGGCUGCACUCUCCACACGCUGGCACCGUUUUGGCGUUAGAGACAACGCAUUGCAGCAUACAACUGUCUGACUGUACAGGCAUUGUAGCCAGUCUGUUAGUUGAUCUUUACUUAGUGCCAACGGAAUAUUGAAACACUUGUAGAUUAUACAGGAUACUGUUAUACAGCCAUCAGGCCGUUGAGGUUUACAACCUGACAACACUCUGAUACCUGGAUACUGCAGGAUAUCGCUAUGUCCGAAUUUAUUAAUUCCUUUAUGGGCCAUGUGGGGUUUGAUGAACUCAAAAAGCAUUGCAAACAAGGGGAUGAUUUCUGUAAAGAGAUACUUGCAAUAAUGGGUGAAAGAGCAUCAGCUGAACUUGCUUAUGCAAAGUCUGUGAAGAGAUUGAGCCAAAGGCUGAAUAAAGCUUGUUCUAGUUUAAUUGGCUCACCAUUGUCAACACUAUGGAAGUCAAUAUGUAGUGAAAUGGAGAUUCAUUCUGAUGCUCACAGAAAAUUCAGCGCAUCACUUUUAGAAGAUUGUGUGAAACCUUCUGUCUCAAAUGUUGAAAAUCAAACGAAACUGCGAAAAGCGCUGGAACUUACAGUUGAAAGUACAAGCAAAACACUGGCAGAUCGAAUAAUGGAACAUUCAAAGUUAAAGAAAAGACAUCAUCAGCUUUCAAAAGAAAAAGAAGCAAUUUGUGAUCAGUUGGAAGGUGCUCGACCAAAAACCAAAAAUGAUGAAACAAAAUUGGCUCAAAAACAAACAAAGAAUGAUUUGCUAUCCUCAAGAACAGAUGAAGAAUAUUACGAAUCAUUACUCGAAUUGCAAAGGAAACAAAAUGAGUGGGAAAAUGCCAGCAAAAAUUUUUGUGUCCGAGUACAAGAUUUGGAACGAAACAAAUUAGAUCUCUCGUGUCGUGUUGCGAUGUCGUAUUCAUCAUUAAUAUCAAACAUUUCACAACAACUUUCAACGAGUUGCGAGCAAGUGAAAAAAAACACAGCUAAUCUCGAUCCAGAGGGAGAGAUCAGAAUUGUUGUCCAACAUAGAAAAUCUUCCUCAUAUCAAUCAGAACAACAACUUUGUUCCUAUUUUGCAGAGAAUUUCAGCAAUCGAAUAAAAGCGGGAAGAAGGGUUUCGGGUUUGACAAAACCACUUGAAAAGUUUCUUGGUGAUUUACAAAAAGAACGAGCACAUUAUGAUGGAAUGCAACGACUCAUGGAUGCUCAAUCUUCUAGAUCUACAGAAGAUGAGAAAACAGAGAUGAGACAAAAAUUAUCUGCGAUAUCUUCAAUGAUAACAUUCCUUGACGUCAAUCGUUCAAAACUUCAGAAAGCAAUAUCAACUGUUAACGGAUCAUCUGUGGAUCCCCAUCCAUUAGCUGGGUCAAUUGAAAACCAUUAUGAUAAACAGGGUAUUAUGCAUUCAACACUGAAACUUCCAUAUGAUGGCAUGAAUGAUGAUAUUGUUUUUAGUUCAUCGAAUGGAUAUAAUCCAGUUCAAACCCAGAAUUAUCCGAAGCAAAGAUCUCAAUCUGACAAUAUUCAUUCUACAGAUGAUAUCGGUAUCAUGAGAUCAGCUGUUGCUCCAAAAUCAAAAAGCUUCAACAGAGGAGGAACAUUAACCGCGAAACAAAUGCAGAAUUUAAGUUACGGGAUGUCAAAUAAUAAUAAUAGAAAACAAGCUCCUGCACCACCUCCUCAAAAUUCAACAGGUCAUAUGCCAUCUGCUAGAUGUAUCGCUAAAUACAGAUACGAUUCAAGGCAAUCUGAUGAACUUACAAUUGAAGAAGGUGACGUUAUAAAUAUUCAUGAUAAAUGUGAUGCUGACUGGUGGAAAGGAGAAAUCAAUGGAAAUGUUGGAAUAUUUCCUGCCACAUAUGUUGAUAUAAUGCCUUAAAUGUUCUGAUUGCAACUAUUACAAUUAAUCUCCUAUGCUGUUUUUGGACAUUAGCACCUGUACUUCCUGUCCUGGAAAACUUUGCUUCUGAAUUGACGAUGACAUAUUCAUACAAUAAUAUAAUUCUCAACAUUGAAAAAAAAUUCAGCGCUCCAAAAGUGUAUGUACCAAUAUGGUGGUAACCAAUUUUGUUCGCCUACUUUAGAUCAAGUUGUAGAAAGGGACUGAAACCUAUGGGCAGGGGGUAUAUUCACUUGGCUAACAAAGACAGUUCCCGAACUCGUAAUAGAACUAAAAUCGGAAUAAAAUUAUGACCUAACCCUAACCUGCUACAUGUACUACAAGAGUAGCCAUAAUUCAUCAUAUUUUGGAGAAUCACGUUGAUUUGAACGGUUUGGUUUACUUCAGUUCAUAAUUGGUACAGAUUUACAAAUGAAAGUUUGGUUUUAUUUUUAAUCAGGUUAUUUUUUCAAGUAAUUUCUAAAAUAUCUACUCAUAAAGUCUAUCAUAUUCUCAGUGUUCUCUGAUGAAAGGAUAAUAUUCUUGCCUUGUAAAGUUGUAAUAAGAUUCAUAGUUUUGGUUAGUUUACAUUCACUCUCAUGUAGCUGUUAAUUGGAGUAGUUUACGCCUAAAUGCUACUCUUUUCUAGCAUCUUUUUUGUUAGUGGUUCCACUUGCCUGAACUGCUAGGUAACUUCUCUCACCUUCUUUACAUACUGAUGCAUUCUUUGCGUAGUGAAAUAAUAAAUAUAAGUUUUUUUGUCCUUAUCCGACCAAAUGUAAUGAGAUUCAUUUAAAUUUGUAUUAUCAUUCAUGAAUUCAGUGUAUUCCCAUUUUCUCUUUUAUCUAUGCUAUUCUACUUUCUUAAAAUGGUGUUCCAACUUCCAGUCAAUGAAAUUUAUUUUCUUAUGUUCCCCAGUAUUCUAAUUUUGAGCGAUCGAAAACUGUCUGAGGCAGUUUUUUGUAAUCAAAUAAAAUGCAAAAUUUCGUAUUGAUUUAAAUGCCUUUUCUCGUAUUCAUAAUUGUCUUCUUGCAUUGUUAUUUUUUGGUAUUACAUUGAGCGAACAACAAGUUUUAGAUUGUAAUUUAUGAUAUGAACUUAUUGGUUUGAAACUCUGUUUUGUAUUUUUUGACUUUCAGCCGGUGGUGGUUAGUACGCACUAAUUGUUAUAAUACUAUUAUUUCUUUAAAAUCCUUUUAUUUUUAUUAUGAAUUAUUAUAUUUCAUUGUGUUUUAUUCCUCUUCAAACUGAAAAUUAAUGUUCCCUGUAACAAAUUUGCUGGAGAAAUAUGUCAAAUAAGCGUUCUGGUACAAAUAUGCAGUAUAUUUGAUAAUUUACUACUGUACAUCAUUGUCUCUGCGGUAUAUAUAUAUUCGAUUUUCCUGUUUAUUUUUUUUUAUCAAUUUCUCUGUUGUAAUAUAUCCUGUUUUGUAAGGUCGAGAUUGUGUGUCACCCUAGUCAAUACCAAACAACUGAAGCACAAAUUGUUUCAUGCUUUGCUAGCUUCGAUAGGUGGUUUUGGCAAAAAUGUGGUUCUAUUCAUUUUCCGUUAUGUAAUGAAAUUUCCAUAUAUCAGUUUGCUUAUGAUAUUUAAUAUAAGUUCCAAGUUUUUGCAUUCCAAUUAUCAAGAAUUUAAAGGUUAGUUUUUGGAUAUUUUAUCUCAGCCUUUCAGGCUAUAUGUCAGCAAUGAAUUAGUUUAUAAUUAUGUUCCUUACCUUUCAAAUUUUCAUAUCGCCUUUUAUCUGGAAAAUAUUUCAAUGGACAAUCAAUUAUCAAAAGAUAAAUAUAGUUACAUUCAAACUUUCAAAAAACUACCAGUUUUUUAUUCUCGUUUUAGUUUUGUAUUCACUUUUUAACCUCAUCAAUGUACCAUGAGGACUGAGUGGUUACUACCAAGUUAUAGUAUACAUGCAUAGAUAUUAUCGUGGCAUAAGAUUCGUUACAUUGUUGAAAGAAGCCUUUCUAUUUUUUCUGUGAUUUUUCACUGUGCUUUUUGAAGAUCAAAUUUUACUACAGUUCUGUUUGUACGCUCUGCAAUUAUAUAUACUCCUAUUCUGUAAGUCUAUAUUUAAUGGUAAAUCCAUCACAAAAAAAAAAAUUUCCGGAUGCUGAUAUUAAAAACUAUUUAUAUAAUCAGAGUAUAUUGGAUUGGAAAGAGUGUAUUGGAUUGUAGCGCUCAACUGAUGGCAUCUGUAACCUUUGACAUCAAUGUGCAUCGAGAUAUAAGUAUGGGUUCUAGCAGUUCAGUAGAGCUUGUUCUCUAACAAUUUUUGAUGUUCUGAAAUCUUUUGUUAAACAGAAAAAAUCGAAAACAAGAUUUGAGCAAACAAAUUAAAAUACAGUGAAAUUAUAUUA